AUGGACAUUUCCUUUCUGGUCCUCGAGCUGACGGCUACCCAGGUGGUAGGAAGGGGAGAUUCGAAUGACAAUAGACCAAAGUUCAUAGCUGUAACAACACUGGAAGAUGUUCAAGCUGUACGAUGUGCGGAAUUCCACCCUCAGGGGAAUAUCUACGCUGUCGGUUCCAAUUCAAAAACUCUUCGUAUCUGCGCUUACCCUAAACUCUCAGAUCUCAGAGAGGACCAUUCUACCUAUCAACCGACUGUUUUAUUCAAGAGAACAAGACACCAUAAAGGAUCCAUUUACUGCAUGGCUUGGACACCCGUCGGUGACUUAAUGGCUACAGGAAGCAAUGAUAAAACAGUUAAACUGAUGAGAUUCAAUCCUGAAACUUCGAAUCUUGAAGGACAAGAAAUAGAGUUGACUAUGCACGAUGGUACAGUGCGCGAUGUCUGUUUCAUUGAAGAUACCAGUAACAAAUCAAGCUUGCUUAUCAGUGGAGGUGCAGGAGACUGUAAAAUAUAUGUUACUGAUUGUGCAACUGGACAAGCUUACCAAGCUUUAUCAGGACACUCAGGUCAUGUUCUAUCGUUGUACAAUUGGGGAGGUGCUAUGUUUGUUAGUGGAAGUCAGGACAGAACUGUAAGAUUUUGGGACUUGCGAACCCGAGGCUGUGUAAAUGUUGUCACCCCUAUUACUUCUCCAGGAACAAGAUCUGGAUCAGUGGUAGCGGCAAUAUGUGUGGAUCCAUCAGGACGAUUACUGGUUUCUGGUCAUGAAGACUCUGCCUGUGUCCUAUUUGACAUCAGGGGCUCCAGAAGCCUUCAAGCUUUCAGGCCACAUUCGGCAGAUGUUCGCUCAAUCAGAUUUUCUCCUAGCGCCUACUAUCUUCUCACUGCUGGCUAUGAUAACAACCUUGUUCUAACGGAUCUUCAAGGUGAUAACUAA